CUGACAAUCAGAUUAUCAUGCAGCAAUGCACUAUACAAUUUCCGGUUAAGGCUGAAUACGAGAAAUUUUCUGUGCUACUAUCCAACACCGGCUUGAACCAUUUUAAAACUACGGACGAUAGGUUAGGCUGCGCUUCUGCGACUGCGUAAAAAUUUAUUCUGAGUGAACUGGCUGACCGCUGUAAGGCGUCCCUUCCGGAUGUGGAAUACAGAACAUUUCCCAUGUCGGAGGCCGAAAUACUGGCGACACAACAGGACGCACAGGAUUACUGCCGCGCAGCGAAUGUGACAGCGUCGUGCAUGAAAUGGUUUGAGGAGCGUUGCGAUAGUGAUUCCGCGAUGGCGGCCUACCGUGAGGAAGGCGGUUUCUACGAAGCGCACGCGUGGAUAGCGGAGGCCGAAAUGUGUCAGCUGUCCAUCCAUCCCGUCCGCUAUUAUUGCGCCCGGGCCAACUGCUACCAGCAGCGUCCCCGUUUUGAGAAGGACCUGUUAGUACACCGCACCGCUUAUUGGCGCAUAUCACCGGAUACCGCCGCCGGGAAACAUAAUUUCUGCGAAGCCUUAAAUCUGACUUCAACAAGACUGGACGGAACGGCCAAGGCGGAGUUGACGGCCAAAUGUGGAGCGGAAGCGGUGACUGUUAUGAAGGAGGCCGCGGUCAAACUGCACGCUGCCCAGUGUGCCAGCUAACGAAAAUUGCUUUUGAUUUGUACUGACAUAGCUGGGCUUUUCGUACUACCAUGCUUUAUCGAUGCCCGGAUGUAGAUAAGCCAAUCACCCAUGACAUAUAGAAAAUGAAGCUGUUUAAUAAUACUUCCGUCACUAACCUUUUUGCCGGGAGCCUGUUGAAUAGCAAGACCAAAUCUAUGUUAACUGCAUUAUACCAUAAUGCGCUAAAAUGCGGC